AUAAUAUUUUGGAAUUUGGAAAGAUAAAGGAAUCAAUCAUCAUUCCGAUAUUUGAAUAAUUUUAUUUAGUGUUCGCAAAGAAUAUUUUAGACUUUAGUUGAAUGUAGAUUUGGUUUUAUUCUCUAACUUUUUAUAAACAGAAACAAAUCGUUCAUUGAUGUUGGUCCAAUCGAUCUAAUGGACAAAGAAACCACUUCCGUUCAAAAUCACAUUCUGAUUCCGGUCGGCUUACAACGUUUGUAUGAAGUUUGUCGAAAUGUUUAUCCUAAUCAACCAAAUCCGCUGCAAGUUUCCGCCGUAGUCAAAUACUGGCUCGGUGGUCCUGAUCCUUUGGAUUAUAUCAGUAUGUAUGCUAAUCAUGGAGUACCCGAAUUGAAUAUUCCUCCUCAUUGGCAUUACGUUAGCUAUGGAUUAUCUGAUUUACACGGAGAUGGUCGAGUUCAUCAGACAUCCUGUUCAGGAUUACCGAGCGGUUUUGGUUUCGAGUUGACUUUCAGAUUGAAAAGAUCACCGAGUGAAACAGCACCACCGACUUGGCCUGCUACUCUUAUGCAGUGUUUAGCUAAAUAUGUUUUUAAUUCUGGUAAUACCUUAUGUGUCGGAGAUCACGUAAGUUGGCAUUCCGGCUUAGAUGGUAAACCACAUUCGAAAAUACACCACAUUUUAUUAGACAAAGAUCCCCAAUUACCCACCGUCGAUGGUCCUUGUGGUACCGUUGAGUUUGUACAGAUAGUUGGUAUUUGUAAAGAAGAGCUGGAAGCUGCUCAGAAAUGGAAUGGUUUUGGUGUUUUAAAUAUUUUGAAGAAAUUUCCCAAAUUAGGUGGUGAAUUCCUUGUAACAGAUAUGAGUAGAAGUCAACAUAUGUUCGAAUUAGAUGGUGGAAUAUUGCAAGAAGUUGAAAACGGUAUUAUCAUGGCAGGAUCUAAUUUAAGCGGAGUUAGUUGUCAUCUUGUGUGGUCAGAUCGUUUCAUUUCACGUAAAGAAAUUUCCAAUAAGUCGUGUUUCGAAGACGAAUUCAUCAAAACGUACUGUCCUUACAUCAAUUUAAAUGAAACCGAUGAUUUGUAUACACAGAAAUUGCAAAGUUUCAGUAUCGGUGACAAUAUCGAUUAUUCUCAAAGUAAAGAAUUUCCUCUACGGUUACUCGACAGUUUGCAUUUAAUUUUAAACGAAGAAGCUGGACAUUUAUUACCUUUAGUUGCUAGUGGGAGACUGAAACACGGAAGACAUUUCACAUUUAAAUCUACCAGCAACGAAAUAGCAGUGACGUUUGUGGCUCCUGAUGUAACCGGUUCUAGCAAAUUCGUCAAUUCGAAUCAACCUUUCGCUCUUUACGGAUCUUGGUUACAAAUUUACAUCGCGGAAAAUUUUUUACCCGAGUUGGAAGCCGCUGUGGAUAUUUUUAAUAAAUCGAACAAGGUAUCCUUGCCGAAAACUUUCUAUUGGCCUUGUCGCAGAUUUGCCAUUAGUGUCAUCUCUGAGAACUGAUCUACGGAAUCAAAACAUCGCUUCGAUGAUCUACUAAUUUUGAGUUUGUGACUUGGAAGAUUCGACGAGAGAAGAGUAUGAUAUCGAUCAAAAGGUUAGCUCGAUUUAUGUUCAUUUUGAAAUCAAUCGAAAGAGAUUCGUAACCGAAAUUAUUCGUUAUAAUACGCGUAUCGGGAAGAAAUCCGCGAAUUACUAUUCUGAACCGAAUCUCUCAGCGCGGCGUUUGAAAUUGCUCGUAAGAUCGUAUUGUUUUUGUAUUAAGGUAUGACUAGCUAAUUGAUUGAAACAGAUUUGAGGCUGUGGGAGCUUCGGAUGAGUGACAAAGUUGUCAAAUCGAAGCAGUUAUGCAUCAAUCUAGCUUAGGGAUGAGGGGUUUACAAGUUAGGAUUUAAUAAUACCCAAGUAUAAACUUACUCAUGAACGUUGCUCGUUGG